CGCUCUUUGUAUUACUACCUGACCCUUACCAUGUCUAUUAGGACGAGGUAGUGAGUUCCUUGGGUAGAGACAGUUGGAGAGAGCUUGAGAUGCUCGAUGCUAUCUCCGCCUCGAACAACAAGGGCUCGCCCAGCCACACCAGCCAAUGUCCGGGGAAAUACAAUAUCCAGCCUGGAUCGAAGCGCUUGUGGACUCUGUUCGGGUGCCUAGCUGGAGCGCUUGUCUAUAUACAUGGAAAAAGAUCAAACAUAAGGAUUUAAAGUCGUCGAACAUCCUAAUCACCCGAGAAAACAUCUUUAUCGCGGACUUCGUAACUUCCACGGAUUUUUCGGACCGAAGCGCAAGUCGGACGGACACUGAAGGACGCGGUACACCUCGAUACUUCGCGCUAGAAGUUGCUGAAUGGGGCCCCAACGGAAGAGCAAGCGGCGUCUUCUCCCUUGGAUGCAUCUUCCCCGACAUAGCAUAUGUCCUCUUCGGCCGACUCGAUCUACUGAAAGGCAUGAUGCCUGACCGAGACAAUUCAUUUCAUGCCAAUCUCGAUAUGACGGAUGCCUGGCUUCGCCAGCUUUCUAGUCGAGGCGGUUUGGUGGCAGAUUCUCUGAGCUCGUUCGCAAGAUGCUGAAACUGAGUCCUGAUGGCCGACCGCCGGCUGAGGAAGUGGUGACAAGUCUGCACCAGGUUCGAUUGAAGCUCAAGAAAGAGGAACCUAAGUAUCAUCUGCUUUUCUUUGGACUUUGCUGCAUUCCUUCUUGAGUGCGCAUGGAGCGCUUCGUUUCUUAGUUCCUCACCAGUCGCUAAAGACG